UCAAACUCCUGGCCCCACAUGAUCCUCCUGCCUUGGCAUCCCAAAGUGCUGAGAUUACAUGCAUAAGCCACCACACCCAGCCCAUUUCUGCUCUUAGGGAGAGGCGAGUGCAUCAGAGAGAACACUCUGUGCUCCCAAAAGAGGGAGGUGACAGAGCUCACGUUCCCUCAGCCUUUCACACAGCCUCCCCUCAUCUUUCUCUCUUACUUGGCAUCGUGGCUGUGCUAGGACCCCCUCAUGAAGACCAAGAUCCUCGUAAAGCAGACAAGAAGUUCAUCCAGCACGAGUCAGGACCCCUGUGCCGUCAUCUAGUAAAAUCUGGUGGAAAUUACAAACUGCAGAAAUUCAACUCAGUGCUGCAAUAACAGGAUGCACCUGUAGAUUUCAUAGAAUUAGCAGCAGCGUUCUCUCAACACCAGUUUGAGAGAAAUAACCCUGUUUGCGUAGUGCCAACUGGGGCAGAAUCUGAUGUGUUCUUGCCUGCCUGCCAGCCAUGGGAGGCACCGAUCUCAGCAACAGCUUCCAUCCGCCAAUGACUUAACAAGCAAAGAUGGAAGACCCACGUGCUCCAGGCUGUCCUGCAUUGGUUCUUUUGCUCUUGAUGGAAUUACCAAUUUGACAGAUGUGCGUGCAAUUAAUUGGGGGCUUUCUGCUUCCAAUCCAAAUUCCCACACUCAUAUUGCUGGCUCUCUGGGAGCAAAAACCCUUCUUUGUUUUUGCUUCUCCCAGACCCUGGGCAGAGCUCCCUGUUCCUGGAUCCUCACUGAUAUGUACUGAAUUGAAUUCUACUAAAGGGUGCACCCAAGAGUACACAAGCUAAGUGAAAUGUAAUUUGUGGGACCUCAUGUGGACAUCUCAGGUCAUGUCUACAAGAUAAAAGAGAGAAAAGCCUGGGGGCCACCACGGGCCUGGGAAAAUGACCUCCAACUAAGCCUGAUAAGAACAUCCAAUACAUAAACAGCAGGCUCUCCGCCACCUCUUUUUCCACUGCCACUCUUCCAGAAAGCAAAGGGUUCUCUCCUGUUCAGACUUUGGCUCUGAGACCACAGCUCAGCACAUCACUUCUCUAGAGAAAAGAAAGUCUGAGAUGAGAGAGCGAGGCUGCUUUCUUGUGGUGCCAGUGUGCGGUGCAGGGCAGGCCUGAUCGCUGAACGGAUCCUGCAGACUGAGCGGUCACCUCCCCUUUCUAGUGCCCAUUUCUUCUCCUUUUUGGGAAGACUGUCAGCAUCCUCAGUGCAGGGCCACAUCUUUAUUUCUUGGCUGUCCCCACAGGUUCUAGCAUGAUGCUUUGAUUAAUUGCAGGUGCUCAGUCAAUGUUGCUGGCUUACGUGACAGGUGAAAUUAUUCUUUCAUCUGGGUUUCACCUCUUCCUUUCCUUUUUAUUUUUUUUUUAAGAGGUAAGGUCUUGCUCUGUGGCCCUUGCUGGAAUGCAGUGGCACAAUCAUAGUUCAUUGCAGCCUUGACCUCCUGGGCUCAAGCGAUCCUCAACCGCCUUGGCCUCCUGAGUAGCUGGGACUAUAGGCAUGUGCCACGGAGCUCAGCUUUGCCUUUUCCUUUCUUUGCACUCCCCUGGCGGAGAUGCUGGUAAGCAGCGAACCAGUCAAGAGGACAGCAGCAGGAGGGGAAAUGGAGAAACCCCAUAAUUCCGAGACUAAACAGGUCCUGGCUCACAGAGGAAGUCAUGCUCCAUGUUUCAACAUAUCCUCAAACCUCAUUCAAUUCCAAAAUGCAUGAAGAUGAAAUGGGAAUUUUACCCAAGAUUUUUUGUGGGCUGUUGGGGAGAAGAGUUAACAUACUCCCAACUCUUCUCUUCAAAUGAUUUUUAAAUUUUCCUCCAAGCUCUCAAUCAUUUCUCCAAAGCUCCCCUGCUCUUCUCACUCUGUCUGGGUCCUUCCUCUGCCACUUCCCUCAACAUGGCUUCUCCAUCAUGGGCCAGCAUUUCUUUUAUUCUGUAGAGCAGGUUUUCUCACCCUGGCCACCUCCAAUUUGCAUGUUAUGCCUCCACACCAAGUGAGCCUCAGAGCACCAGUGUUUUAAUCCCUGAGAACAAUCCUCGGAGGAUUCAGCACAGAGGCCCUCUUAGCAGCCUGUAGUCUCCAGAGUGACACGUCCUCAGCAGUCAGAGUGAGCAAGCUAUGGUGCCCGUCACCAAGGGGGCCCGUCACUCCCCUCUGCACUCACUUCUCUCCUACCUCCUCCUUCCCUAUCCCUUCCUUCCUCCUUCCCUUUUAUUUCUGCAUUAAAUGAUUCAUGGUUAUUCCUUUCAUAGGGGUGUCUGUGCCACUUGGUUCUAUGGGCAUUUUUUUUUUUUUUUUUUUGAGAUGGAGUUUUGCUCUUGUCCCCCAGGCUGGAGUGCGAGUGGUGUGAUCUUGACUCACUGCAACCUCCACCGCCUGGGUUCAACCGAUUCUCCUGCCUCAGACUCCUAAGUAGCUGGGAUUACAGACACUCAAAACCACACCCAGCUAGUUUUUGUGUUUUUAGUAGAGACAGGGUUUCACCAAGUGGGCCAGGCUGGUCUCAAAUGCCUGACCUUAGGUGAUCCACCCGCCUCAACCUCCCAAAGUGCUGGGAUCACAGGCAAGAGCCACCACGCCCACUGGUUCUAUGGACCUUGUUGAAGUGACCACUGACAAGCCCUGAGGUUGAGAAAAGGAAACGAAAGGUGACUGAUUUCUCAUCACCAAUCUCCUUUUUCCCUCUACCCCUUGGCCCCCACUCUCCAAUCUAGACUCUCAUAAACAGAAAUGAUUUCCAUUCAUUAUUGUGGUUGGAGUCGGGGGUGGCAAGUCAAGCUUUGAAGUUGUCUGCAUAAUAAAUGCUGUCUUCAAGGACCGUCCCGCAUUGUAGGAACAAGAGAACAAUCCAAGUGAACAACUAACUCCCAUCCACAAACGCUCCCGCCUCCCCGCCGUCCCCUAACCUCAGCCUCCUGCACUUGGAGUUCACCAAUCCAUUUGAUGAGCUCAAAUCAGUGAAUUUUCUCCUCGCCAAAGCUCACAAAUUCUGCUUCCCACUUCUCGCCCCAUGUCCAGGCGUUAAAAACUGCAUUUUCCCUUUGCCUGAUAUUCUGGCAUCAAGCCUUCUUGCCAUUCCGAUUUAUGUCACCUUCCUCCAGUUCUUAUUAUUUCCCUCCUGGAGAGUAUCUCAGCAUCUCUAUGCCUCAGUCUCCCCUGCAUGCCCCACCCGCUCAGCCUCAUCAUCACAUCACUCGGUUGUGUUCCGCCUGGGUUAGACAGCUUCGGUGGCUGAAGUCUACAGAUCUUAUUCUGUUUUUCGAGGUCCACCUGACUCUGAAUCCAGCUGACAUUUUGCCCUUUGUCAGGAAUCACCUACCGAGGCCGCAUCCAUCCUUCAAGGAAAAUACGUGGGACUUUCCUGAUCACAUCAGCUCAGCAACUUUUCCCUCCAAAAUUUAAAUUGCUCUUCUUACAAUCAUUAGUGGUCUUAAACCUAAGGGAAGUCGGUCUGGGUCAGAAAUUUGUUGUCCGCUGUGAUGAGCAGUUUCCUCUGGGAAGUACCAAGCGUUUCUGAUAAUAGACUUGAGCAAUUUCCUGAUGAAGUGAGACUCAGCUUGCUCUCUUGACUGUCUGUCCCUGGAUGAACUUAGUUACCUUUAACCAAAUGUUCUUUUCUUGAACUAAAUCUACCAAUGUUAUCUAGAUACCUUUUCUUCAAAAUAAAAAAAAAAAUCCUCUACUAGGUAAGAAAUCUUUGAACUGGACUUAUUGGAAAUUACCUCCUUGUAGCAGGUUUGAAACAAAACUUUGAAUUUGCCUCACAAAGAAUUUGUCUGAAACUGCUUUAGUGUUGCCAGUUAUAUUCAUAUGCACGUGUGUCCUCAUACACAGUGACUGGCCACUCAUAUGUGUUAUGCGCUGUGUUAGGCGGUGUGAGCUUACCGAUAAGCUGGACAUAGGGCCAUCCUCCAGAGGCCCACAGUUUCACACCUUAACCUGAGAUCCUUCGACCCUUGAAGUUCAAAGCGCCCACAACUGCUGGGUGUGGUGGCUCAUGCUUGUAAUCUCAGUAAUUUGCAAGGCUGAGGUGGGAGCAUGCCUGCCGUCCCAGCUACUUGGGAGGCCGAAGUGGGAGGAUCACUUGAGUCAAGAAGGUAAAGGCUGCAGUGAGCUGAGAUCACAGCACCGCACUCCAGAAACCCUGUCUCAAAUAAAACAAAGUGCCCAUCGUGAAACCUCCUACGGAUUUAUCCAGGGUGUGUGCUGAUGCGCAUUUCUCUAAGGAUAAGAAAAGAGUGUUUACUCCUGUGGAAGACAGUAUGGAGAUUCCUCAAGCAUCUACAAUCAGAAAUACCAUUUGAGCCAGCAAUCCCAUUACUGGAUAUAUACCCAAAGGAACAGAAAUCAUUCUACUAUAAAUCACAUGCACCCGUAUGUUUAUUGCGGCACUGUUCACAACAGCAAAGGCGUGGAACCAACUGAAAUGCCCAUCAGUGAUAGACUAGAUGAAGAAGAUGUGGUACAUAUACACCAUGGAAUACUAUGCAGCCAUAAAAAGGAAUGAGAUCAUGUCCUUUGCUGGUCUCAAACUCCUGACCUCGAGUGAACCACCUGCCUUGGCCUCCCAAAGUGCUGGGAUUAUAGGCGUGUUCUACUGCAUCUGGCUAAUUUUUGUAUUUUUUUUUUAAAUAGAGACCGGGGUUUCACCAUGUCUGCCAGGCUGGUCUCAAACUCCAAACCUCAGGUGAUCCACUCACCUUGGCCUCCCAAAGUGCUGGGAUUGUAGGCGUGUUCUACUGCGCCUGGCUAAUUUUUGUAUUUUUUUUUUUAAUAGAGACUGGGGUUUCACCAUGUCUGCCAGGCCGGUCUCAAACUCCAAACCUCAGGUGAUCCACUCACCUUGGCCUCCCAAAGUGAUUACAGGCAUGAGCCACCAGGCCCAGCUGACGUGAUGCGUUUUGGAAGCAUGAAUUCCUUUGCUUGCCUGGAUGAUUUUCUUUUUGUCAAUAUCUUUGCUUGCUUUCUAGUAUUUAAACAACUGUGUUUUGCUCUAACUAUCCAAUGGCUUUAAGUUUGAGACAAACUUCCAGGGAGCAAAACCGUCAACCAUUUCACAAUUAUCAGAAGAGCACUCAGGUCAUAAACAAGACUGAAUUUUACAAAAAUCCAAAGUUUAAAACCAAAGCCCACUUUUUGCAUGAUCCUUUAAGAGAAAGACAAAUCUGGAAGCAAAACACGUUAUAAAAUGACAGUGCACUUUCAGGAGCCCAGGGCAUGGUGGUGAGAUGAUAAUGGCUCAUUUAUAGUUCACAGACUGUAAGUCAUGGGGGAUUAUUUAUGAAUUCUCAGGACUCAUGGGUUUGCUGCAUCCUUCCCCAUUAUUUGAAUAUUGGAGGCUGCAUGACCAGGAUCUUGGCAGGAUUUCACUCCUUCAUCCCAGGUGGCCCCUGCUGACUCCCCAGGAAGCUGUAGCCCUGGGGGAGGACUCAGUUUGCAAAGUGCUGGGCGAGACCACUGCCAAGAAGUGCUUGCUCACCCUACCUUCAACGGCAGGGGAAUCUCCCUCUCCCUUUGUGGGCGUAGCUGAAGAAAGGAUUCAUAAAUGAAGCUUGAUCCUUCUCAUCAACCCCGGUUCACACCUCCAGCAAUUGAACUUGAAAAAAACCUGGUUUGAAACAUUACCGCAAACUAUAUUGUCAUCAAAAAAGAAAAAAACACUUCCUAUAUUUGAGAUGAGAGAAUAGAGUGCGAGGCAGUUUCCUUUUAAGCCCGAUGCUUAAAGAGAGCAACUCCUGACUCCGAUAGACACUUGAUGGGCCCACAGGGGUGACAGUCCAGGCGGACUGAUCUUCCCAUCCCACAUCCUCCCAGCGCGAUGCCAAGAAAAGGCUGACCACAACUGGGCCUUCUGCAGAGAAAGGCCUCCUCUUGACUGCCCCGGCUGCUCCCAGGGGUCAGGAAGAUGGAUUCACAACUGCUGAUGUGGGGACUGCUCACGUUCAUCAUGGUUCCCUGCUGCCAGGCAGAGCUCUGUGACGAUGACCCGCCAAGGAUCACAUACGCCACGUUCAAAGCGUUGGCCUACAAGGAGGGAACGAUGUUGAACUGUGAAUGCAGCAGGGGGUUCCGUAGAAUAAAAAGCGGGUCACCCUACAUGCUCUGUACAGGAAGCUCUAGCCACUCAUCCUGGGAGAACCAGUGUCAGUGCAUCCGCUCUUCCCCUAGGAACACAACAAAACAAGUGACACCUCAACCUGAACAGCAGGAAGAGAGAAAACCCACUGAAAUCCCAAAUCCGAUGCAGCAGGUGGACCAACCGAGCCUUCCAGGUCACUGCAGGGAGCCUCCACAGUGGGAAAAUGAAGGCACAGAAAGAAUUUAUCAUUUCGUGGUAGGGCAGACGGUUCACUACCAGUGCAUCCAGGGAUACAGGGCUCUACACAGAGGUCCUGCCGAGAGCAUCUGCAAAAUGACCCAUGGAAAGACAAGGUGGACCCAGCCCCGGCUCGUGUGCACGAAGGAAACGGAGCCCAGUCAGUUUCCAGGUGAAGAGGAGCCUCAGGCAAGCCCUGACAGCCUUCUUGAGAGUGAGAAUUCCUGCCUCAUCACAACGACAGAUUUUCAGGUACAGACAGAAGUGGCUGCGACCAUGGAGACAUUCAUACUUACGACGAAGUACCAGCUAGCAGUGGCCUGCUGUGUUUUCCUGCUGAUCAGCGUCCUCCUCCUGAGUGGGCUCACCUGGCAGCAGAGACGGAGAAAGAGUAGAAGAACAAUCUAGAAAACCGAAAGAACGAGAACUUCUUGGUAAGAAGUCAAGAACAGACGACAGAAGUCGUGAGGCACCAAGCAACAUCAGAGGAGUUUAACACUUGCCCAGGAGACAUGCCCUGUGCUCACCUGGGUUUUGGAAGCUCUGAAGUCGCAUCGCAGGACACAGGGCAGUGGCAACCCGGUCUCUAGGCCAGCUCAGUCCCAUCAGAGAGCGAGCACUACCCACUUCCAAAGAGCAAUCCUGUCAUUGAAGAAAAGGACAAAACCACCAGAAUUCUCCAUCUUAUUUACAUGUAUAUGUGUCAUUAAAGCCUGAAUAAUCUGGAACUCUCUCCACGCUCCGUGUAGUAUAGAGAAAAGCAGGUUUACAUUAAUCUCGUCUCAACUCUCCAGUUCAGGAAUCCCAAGGAAAGCCCUCGCACUAAUGUAAAUACACAACACACACACUCUACCCUAUACAACUAGAUGUUGUCUCGUGGCUCCUUUCUCAGCUGCUUCUGACUGCUGAUUCUCCCGUUCACAUCACCUAAUGAACAUCCUUUAAGAA